UCAUCAACAUGAGUGGAGUUCAUUACAAAGUUGCUGACAAAGUCUUCCUCGAGAAGCAAAAGGACAUCCUCCGUCUUUUCCAACAUGUGCAACAGCCCACUUAUUACAAGGAUUUGAUCGAAUUUGCCAAGACUUUCAAAUUCGAGGGACACUGGGAUCAAUGGAGCAAGCCUGAAUACGUGAAGGAGUUCUGGCAAUUCUACCAAGAACAGGAUUUCUUGAAGCAAGAUGAAAUCUUCUCCGUUUUCCACCCGAUGCAUACGAAGUACGCCAAAGCUCUCUUCAGGGUGUUCUACUAUGCCAAGGACUUCGUGACUUUCUACAAGAGCGCCGCCUGGGCUCGCCAACACGUCAACACUGGAUUGUUCGUUUACGUUCUUUCUGUUGCUGUCGUCCACAGCAAGCAUACCAAGGAAGUAAUUUUACCGCCAAUCUACGAAAUCUUCCCACACUACUUCUUCACUAGCGAAGUCAUCACCAAGGCUAAGCAAUACAAGCAACACUACUGGGGCACCUACAAGCAUGAACUGGAGCACAAAGAGAAGUCCAGUUACACCAUCCCCGCUGAAUACACCAAGUACGAGGAGGAAUGGAUGACCUACUUCACCGAAGACAUUGGCAUGAACGCUCAUUACUACUACAGGAGCGUCUUUCUGCCAUACUGGUUGGAGCAGGAAUACAUUAGUUUUGAUGCCACCAAGCGCAGUGAAUGGUGCCAUUACUACCACAGCCAAAUCGUGGCUCGUUAUUACUUGGAACGUUUGUCCAACGGCAAGGGUAAAAUCCCAACAAUAAACUUCGAAGAACCAACCCAAUUCGAGUACCAUCCAGCUCUUACCUACUUCAAUGGAAAACCAUUCCCAUGCAGGCCAAAGAACGUGAAAUUCGACUUGGACAGUGAGGAAAUGCACAAUUCCUUCAAGGAAUUCUCCCAUUGCUUGACCAAGGUCGAAGACUAUGAGAAACGCAUCCGCGACGCUCUCGACUUGGGUUGGGUUUACACCCCAGAAGGCAAGAUGAUUGACUUAUAUACUAAGGAAGGUUUCGAAACUCUUGGAAAGAUAAUCGAAUGCAACCCGGAAUCCUCGCACGCUCGUUUCUACGGAAACUUGCAGAUCUUCCUUCGCCAUCUCAUUGGCUUCUCUCAAAACACCCUCACUCCAUCCGUUUUGGAACAUUACGAAACCUCUCUCCGUGACCCGAUGUUCUACCAGAUCGCCAAGAGGAUACUGCGUUUGUUCAAUACCCAUCAACAUCAUAUGGGUCCAUACGAAAAGCAUCACCUCUUGAUGGAAGGCAUCAAGGUUGAGGACAUGCAUGUCGAUCAACUGGUAACUUUCUUCGAGCAAUGCUUCACCGACAUCAGCAACGCCGUCACCGUCGACGAGAAGGAAUUCGCCCAGAACUCCUUCGAAGUUUACGCCCGUCAAUUCCGUCUGAACCACAAACCGUACAACUACAAGAUCCAAGUUUCCAGCGAUAAGUCUGUAGAUGCUUUGGUCAAGGUCUUCAUUGGACCCAAAUACGAUGAAUUCGGUCACGAGAUCGAGAUGAAGCACAACUACAUGAACUUCUUCGAAUUGGACAGGUUCAAGUACACCCUGAAAUCUGGAAAGAACGUCAUCGAGCGCAACUCGCACGAGAACAAAUUCUUCAACAAUGAGCAUCUCACUUUCAAGACCUUGUUCAACCAAGUACACAAAGCUUUGAAUGGCGAAGAAUCUUUCAAGAUGCAAUACCCAGCUGAAUACUACAAUUUCCCACAGAGGAUGAUGCUUCCAAGGGGUGAUGCUUCUGGAAAGACAUUCCAAUUCUUUGUCGUCGUAACCAAGUACGAAGCUCCGACUUCCGACGCAUUCUCUGAAUGGUUGGUCGAUACCCAUCACUCCAUGUGUUAUCCUUUGGACAGACCAAUCAAAUUCGAGGAGGAAUUCUGGGUGCCCAACUUCUUUGCCAAGGACGUCAAGAUCUACCACGAGAAGCACCACGAUGAAGAGAAAUUGAUGUACAAACAACAUUAA